UUUAUAACAAAAAUCAUAUUUUGCCCAAGUAUUCCAGGACAUUGCCCUUCCCUCCGCGCACGGCGUCUCCGAUUACCGGUUCAGAUAAAAUGCUGCAGUUAUUUCUAUCUAAACCAUCAUGGAAGGAAAAUGUAGAUGAUGAAUCAGCUGAACAGAGAAAAGCUCUUCUAAAUGAGCUAGAAUCAGUCAUCUGGUCACUGAUAUCGGUGGAAGGUCGAUCUGAAUCUCGUCUUUGGCUUUGCAUUGCUAUCGCAGAUGUACGGUCUAUAACACCUCGUAAUCAACAUGAGUUAUUCAUGACCUUAUUGAGGUCUAAGCCACUAAAGCGGCCCUUAGUCGGACAACUCCUACGAUUGCUUUUCCAGAAGGAACCUCAGAAAGCAGGGCAUAUCAUUGCAAAGAAAUGCUUUUUAUUAGAAAAUUUCUUCAAAGGAAACCAAAACCGUAUUUUGCAGUGGUUCUCUAAUUUUGCUGGUACUGGUUAUGCAACCCAUACAAAGGGGGCUAAGGCACUGUCCCAGUUUGCUUUUGUAAAUAGAGACAUCUGUUGGGAGGAGCUCGAGUGGAGGGGGAAACAUGGGCAAUCUCCUGCAAUGGUUGCUACAAAGCCCCACUAUUUUCUUGAUCUGGAUGUCGAACGAACAGUGGAGAAUUUUCUUGAUAUGUUUGUUGACUUGAUGUACAAGGAGGAUUUGAAAGAAGUUUGGGAAAUUAUAGAUGAGUUUCUCAUUGAGCAAUCUUUCUCUUUCUUAUGUCAACACCUUCUCAUCGUUCUUGGGGAACAAGAUCUAAAGGUUUUCUUGGAUUUACUCCAAAGACAUGUUAAGCCAAGGUUGCAAAAGAUGGAUUGUCAUGAUUCUUCUUUUUGGCUGGAGAUCAUACUCUCCAAGUGUGAUGGCAGUAAUUCUCUUGAUCAGUUGCUUCUCUUGAAUGCAGUUACUACUCAAACUCGGCAGCUUAUGCGAUUUAUACGUGACGAAGGAAGUCAGGAGCAAAAGGAAAAGGUUAAGCAUAUUGUUUUCCAAAUUUGUACACCAACAAUCUGUAAAGAUAGCUUUAUACCAAUUCUAAGAGAAUGUUUCAGCAGAAAAUCUUUAGGAACUAUAAAAUGGUUGGGAUUGCAGUCUUGGGCAUUCCACUAUUAUUUAUCUGAGGAAUUCCAACAUUCCAGUUCCUGGGAAUGUUUAUUUGUCAGCAAUGACAUAAGCUUUCGCAAGUCCAAGACUUAUCCAAUAUUAGAUCAUGAUCAACUUCUGGAAGAAAGUGAGUCUGUGCAGGACACCAGGUCAGCCAGAAAUAAGCGCAAGAAAAUGCAAAAACACAAAAAGAAAAAGAGAAGGAAUCUUGAAUUUGAAGAAUUAGAUGGGGUAGAAUUUGCCGAUGUUAUUGAGGAUAGAGCGGAAUUUCAUUUGACAUCUGGUGACUGGUUGCUUUCUACUGAUGGGUAUUCAACUACUUGGAGCAGCGUAGACCUACCUGAGCACCUAUCAAAACAUUGCUUCUUCACGUGGAUGAAGUGGGUUAUUGAGGGCAUGGAGAGAUGAUCUUUCAUUCGUGGUUGGAGUUCUUAUCUAACAACAAAAAGAUUAUGGUCAUCUUAUGCUUUCCAUAUCCAUCCCCUUAUGGAAGAACUUGCAGGUGGAUUCGACAAGUGAGAUAAAAAGGGGCCGGUUCUUGAUUUAUCACUCUGGUUCAACGUCAGGAAGCAUCUAUUAAAUGGUGCUUCGUCAUUGCCUUCUGUCCUGAUUGCAACUUUCUAUUUCUUUUACCUUGAAUCCUGCCUUGUAAGUCAAGUAUUUACCGAAGCAAUUCUUCACUGAUUGUGAAGGUAACGAUCGAUAUGAGGACAUUGCAGGUUUGAGUUCCGCUCUUUCCUUGGGCCUUAUGUGCUUAAAGCAGACCUUUCUCUGCCUGAUGUUUUCUUUGUUCCACACCAUGUUUCCAAUGGGCAGAGGUCCUUUAUUGCCAUUUGCCAGAGCCCAGGAAAGCCAGAAGUUUCUUUUGCACCUACUUAUACAGAUCCUAACAGUUAAUUUUUCAUGUAAUUGAAGUUUGGAAAUGUAGCCCCGUCGAUUUCAUCUAAGUUUUUCAUGAUAUGAUGUAUUGACGGUGCUACUCUAUUUUCCUUGAUGAAUUAUAGUUGUGAGGAUUUGGAUUA